ACCGCCGGCGCGCUCCGCCCCUUUACUCCUGGCGGCUGGGCGAGCCGGGCGUCUGCUGCAGCGGCCGCGGUGGCGGAGGAGGCCCGACAGGACUUGGCGGCGGCGGCGGCGGCGGCGGCGGCGGUGGCGGGACCGGCAGCAGCAGCAGCAGCUACAAGCUCCCAGUGCCGCGGCGCUGCCGCACGAGCGCCACGAGCCGCCCACCCCGCCGCCCUCGGCGCUGACUGACCCCGCCGGCGUGUCCGCCAGCCGCCAGCCCCGGCAGCGCCCCCAGUCGUCCUCCGACUCGCCCUCGGCCUUCCGCGCCAGCCGCAGCCGCAGCCGCAACGCCAGCCGCAGCCUCAGCUCCAGCCAUCGGCACAGCCACCGGCAUAACCCCAGCCCCAGCUCCUGCUGCAGCUCCUCCAGACACAGUCCCUACGCCGACACCCUGGAGGUUGGGAUGCUCUUGUCCAAAAUCAACUCGCUUGCCCACCUGCGCACCGCGCCCUGCAACGACCUGCACGCCACCAAGCUGGCGCCCGGCAAGGAGAAGGAGCCCCUGGAGUCGCAGUACCAGGUGGGCCCGCUACUGGGCAGCGGAGGCUUCGGCUCGGUCUACUCAGGCAUCCGGGUCGCCGACAACUUGCCGGUGGCCAUCAAGCACGUGGAGAAGGACCGGAUUUCCGAUUGGGGAGAGCUGCCCAAUGGCACCCGAGUGCCCAUGGAAGUGGUCCUGCUGAAGAAGGUGAGCUCGGGCUUCUCCGGCGUCAUUCGGCUCCUGGACUGGUUUGAGAGGCCCGACAGUUUCGUCUUGAUCCUGGAGAGGCCCGAGCCGGUGCAAGACCUCUUCGACUUUAUCACGGAAAGGGGGGCUCUGCAGGAGGAGCUGGCCCGCAGCUUCUUCUGGCAGGUGCUGGAGGCUGUGCGGCACUGCCACAGCUGCGGGGUGCUCCACCGCGACAUCAAGGACGAGAACAUCCUCAUCGACCUCAAUCGCGGCGAGCUCAAGCUCAUCGACUUCGGGUCGGGGGCGCUGCUCAAGGACACCGUCUACACGGACUUCGAUGGGACCCGAGUGUAUAGUCCCCCAGAGUGGAUCCGCUACCAUCGCUACCAUGGCAGGUCGGCCGCCGUCUGGUCUCUGGGGAUCCUGCUGUAUGAUAUGGUCUGUGGAGAUAUUCCUUUUGAGCAUGAUGAAGAGAUCAUCAGGGGCCAAGUUUUCUUCAGGCAGAGGGUCUCUUCAGAGUGUCAGCAUCUCAUUAGAUGGUGCUUGGCCCUGAGACCGUCAGAUCGGCCAUCCUUCGAAGAAAUCCAGAACCAUCCCUGGAUGCAAGAUGUCCUCCUGCCCCAGGAAACAGCCGAGAUCCAUCUGCACAGCCUGUCACCAGGGCCCAGCAAAUAGCAGCUUUUCUGGCAGGUCUUCCCCUCCCCCUCAGAUGCUCGAGGGAGGGGAAGCUUCUGUUUCCAGCUUCCCAGAGUACCAGUGACACUUCUCGCCAAGCAGGACAGUGCUUGAUAACAGGAACAACAUUUACAACUCAUUCCAGACCCCAGGCCCCUGGAGGUUGCCUCCCAACAGUGGGGGAAGAGACUCCUCUCCAGGCGUCCUAGGCCUCAACUCCUCCCGUAGAUGCUCUCUCCUAUUCAAAGAGGUCCGGCUUGGCUGGACUCUGCAAAAUCCUGGGGGGGGGGGGGGGGGGGGGGGGGUCAGAACCCUGCCAUGGAACUGUUCCCUUCAUCACGAGUUCUGCUGAAUGCCGCGAUGGGUCGGGUAGGGGGGAACCGGGUUGGGGUAGGAUAGGACUAGCAACAUUUGAAGUCCCUGUCACCUCUUCCGACUCUUCUGAGUGCCUUCUGUGGGGACUCCGGCUGUGCUGGGAGAAAUACUUGAACUUGCCUCUUUUACCUGCUGCUUCUCCAAAAAUCUGCCUGGGUUUGGUUCCCUAUUUUUCUCUCCUGUCCCCCUCCCCCCAUCCUUCCUAUGAAAGGUGCCAUGGAAGAGGCUACAGGGCCAAACGCUGAGCCACCUGCCCUUUUUCUGCCUCCUUUAGUAAAACUCCGAGUGAACUGGU